AGCAUGCAUUGAAAUUUAAAUGGUGUUGUUAUAUAAGAAAGUUAUUCUGAAUCCUUUUAACCUUUCAGUAAGAUCAGCAACAAUAUUUCGUUUUUCUCCCGCCUUUAUUUAAAAAUCGGUUAAAAGCAAGCAGUGAAUAAUAAAGCCACGAGCCAUCUCUAAGAAGUAAUACGUCAGUGCCACCACUAACAAAGUGCCAUCUUUAAAAAGUAUUUGUUUACUUUUUUUUAAUUUCUUGUUCUUAUUCAAACAUCGUAAUGGAGCGACUAAAUGAAGAUGUGUGGAUAAACAUUCUCAAAUAUUUGCCAAUGAAGGACCAGUUGUCUGUGGCCUCCAUCAAUGCGAAUAUGAAAUCCUAUGUGCAGUACCACUGGCGCCAUCUCAAAUAUGUUCAUCUCACCCAUGACGUCCUGGAAAUUUUUGAGUCAAACACGUCUGCUAUGAGGGAUUCCGUAAAGUACUGGGCGGAUUCCGUGCAGAGUGUAAAGGUGACCAAAGGCAAAAUGGAUAUUCUGGAGGAAAUGACCAACUUUGACUUCCCCCACGUUCAAAAACUGGACUGCGAAAUGGAGUAUAAUCUGGAAUAUGGCGAUGACGAGACCAUGAUGCUCACAGUGCUGUUCCCGAACCUGACGCAUCUCACCCUCAGUAGCAGCACUACCGGUUUGCACCUUUGGCGCUGGAAGCAGUUAAAGGAGCUGAAUCUAGUCUGGUGCGAAUACUUAGACACUUUUACUUUCGAAGACACAUUCAAAAAACUAAAACUGACCAAGCUCACAAUGUUGUACUAUGGCUACAAUGUCACCCUAGACUCCGUCGUCACGGACAUCACCUAUUGCACAACCCUUGAAGAGCUUAUUAUGGACGACCAUCAUUUGCUAGGAGAGUUUCUGGCUAAAUUGGUUCGUCUGCCGAACUUUCGCCGUUUGGCCUUCUACACACGGGAUUACUACGAAACUUUGCUAAACAACUUGGCCAAGUUGGCUCCGCUAAAGGUGCAGUCACUCCUUUUCCAUGAUGCCUUUUGGAGUAGCGAACAUGUCACCUACGCCAUUGAGAAAAUGUCAAAUCUUCGACGGCUGGUCUUUCAGGAUGACGACAUUGAGACACAUCUUCUACACAACAUUUGCCGCAAGCUGAAGAAUCUAGAGGAGCUACACUUGCUGAAAAUGCGCGACCUUCCCACUCCCGAUCAGCUCUGGAAUAUGGUGGGCUCCUGCCCUUCCCUCAAAAUUCUUAAUUUAUCGUCCACUAAGUUGUGCCAACAGUUCAUCGGGCCAAGUACUUCAGUCAUGACUAGAGUUUUAAUAAAUCGAACUAUUCCAAUAACACUCCACCUAUAUGGUACUGGACUGGAUCCAAAAAAAGUACUUCCCGCUAUGCAGCACACCAAUCUAAAUAUUUCUUUUGAGCCAAUCAAGCUUGAUGUUUGGACUUCACGUUUUAUUGAAGUUGGCUUUGACCAAAAAAUGUAAUUUUCCGGUUAAUUAUUACAAAGACCCUUUUGAAGGCAUAAAGCUGGGCUAUUGAAAAAAAGCCCGAUCAAAAAUUAUUAUAUAUUAUAGAUUUGAAAUCUAUCUCUGACUUAUCUGAAAGAUUGAUUAAUUUUAAUACUACCUCAGGGCCUUAUUGACCACUUUACCUCGUUGUAUUUAAUAAAAAU